AUAUGAGGAAGCCUACCCUGCACUCCAGCUACUGCUGCAUAACAUACUGCUGGUGUUUACUCUUUCCUUUAUAGAACUGAGAAAGUAAAAACAUGAUGGUAAAAGGAAAGAUUACUGGUCUUACAGUGACAGAUGUUCGGUUCCCAACCUCUCUGGGUCACCACGGCUCAGAUGCCAUGCACACAGACCCUGACUACUCUGCAGCUUAUGUCGUCAUAGAAACUGAUGCAGAUGCUUUAAAAGGUUGUGGUUUAACAUUCACUUUGGGAAAAGGCACAGAAAUUGUGGUAUGCGCUGUGAAAGCUCUCUCAAGACUUGUGGUGGGAAGGAACCUUGAAGACAUUGUUACUAAUUUCAGAGCAUUCUACAGGCAGCUUACAAGCGAUGGACAACUGCGAUGGAUUGGUCCGGAAAAAGGGGUAGUACAGCUGGCUACUUCUGCAGUUCUUAAUGCAGUGUGGGAUCUAUGGGCCAAGAAAGAAGGGAAGCCUCUCUGGAAGCUGUUAGUCGAUAUGACUCCAGAACAGAUAGUGUCCUGCAUUGACUUCAGGUAUAUAACAGAUGCACUAACAGAGGAGGAAGCAAUUGAAAUUCUUCAAAAUGGAAGACAAGGGCAAGAAACAAGAGAGGAACACAUGUUACAGAGCGGAUACCCUGCGUACACUACAUCAUGUGCCUGGCUAGGCUACUCAGACCAACAGCUACAAAAGCUGUGUACUGAUGCACUGAAGGAAGGAUGGACAAGAUUUAAAGUGAAAGUUGGGGCUGACUUACAAGACGACUUUAGACGGUGUAAACUCAUCAGAAACCUGAUUGGACCUGCCAACAAAUUGAUGAUUGACGCAAACCAGAGGUGGGAUGUGAAUGAAGCCAUCUCCUGGGUGAAACAGUUAGCUGAAUUUAAACCUCUAUGGAUUGAGGAGCCUACAUCACCAGAUGAUAUACUUGGUCAUGCAACUAUUUCCAAGGCUUUGGCACCUUUGGGAAUCGGUGUUGCUACAGGAGAGCAAUGUCACAACAGAGUAAUGUUUAAACAGUUUCUGCAAGCCCACGCUCUCCAGUAUCUACAAAUUGACAGCUGCAGAUUGGGAAGUGUGAAUGAGAACCUCUCUGUUCUUCUCAUGGCAAAGAAAUUCAAUAUUCCAGUCUGUCCUCAUGCUGGGGGAGUUGGACUCUGUGAACUGGUGCAACAUUUGAUCAUAUUUGACUACGUUUCUGUUUCAGGAAGUCUAGAAAACAGGAUGUGUGAGUACGUGGAUCAUCUGCAUGAACAUUUUAAAUACCCAGUGAUUAUCCAGAAUGCUGCUUAUAUGCCUCCUAAGGAUCCUGGCUACUCCACGGAAAUGAAAGAAUCUGUGUUACAGUAUCAUUUCCCUGAUGGAGAUAUUUGGCAGCAGCUAAUUAUGGAGAAAAAAGUUCAACUAUAAGAUAUGUAAAUUCAGUCAUACAGCAGAAAUCGGUUUCCCUCACUUAUGCAUUGUGUAGACACCGAUAUACAGUACAUGAAGUGAUUUUAACUUGAAAUAUUGACAAGGGUGUGGCAUGGAAUCAAACUCAUUUAAAAAAUACAUCAAGAUUUGUAGUUUCUUUGAAAACGAUUUUAAUACCUGUGAACAACUGUAAUUGAGCUAUUGCUUUCACUGAAAAGCUCCAGCAUUAAUCCAAAUUAAAGUGAUUUUACUGACCUGUUUAUAUUA